AAGCGCGCGAAGCAUAGCUUCGGAAAUAGCAAACCCAAUCGGAGAAUGGAAGAGGAAACCCCAAAUGGGGAGGCGCCCCCAAAAUUUCCAGCAUUUCCUUACAAACCCUACGGCAUUCAGAUGGAGUUCAUGAAGGCCCUUUAUCUCUCUCUCAACCAAGGCGGCCUCUCCAUGCUCGAAAGUCCCACCGGGACUGGUAAGACUCUAAGUAUCAUUUGUAGUGCUUUGCAAUGGGUGGUUGAUAAGAAGGAGCAAGAUAAGUUGAAAAAGGAGGUUGAGGCUAAGAAUAGUAGUGUUAAAGGUGGUGAAUUGGGCUCGGAUGAUGAACCUGAUUGGAUGAGGAAUGCUGUGGUUAACAAGGACAUUCAGGGUGAGGAGAAGAAGUCUAGGAAGAAGGAUAAAUUCGGGAGUGGAUUUCGCAGGGCGGAAAAGGGAAAGGACCGUGAGAAUUGUAGUGACUUGUUCUCUCGGCAUGUUGAGGAAGACAGUGAUGCUGUGGAGGUGAAUGAUGAGGAUGAGUUUUUGCUGGAUGAACAUGAGAGUGAUGAGGAAGGAAUUCCGUGUGUUAAGAAGUCAAAGAGGAAGGUUUCUGGGGUUUCUCUUAGUUCGUCCAGUGACGAGGAAGAUGGAGCAGAUGGGUCUAGUGAUGAUGAAGAUGAGGGGGAGGAGAAGUUGAAGGUUUAUUUUUGUAGUCGGACACAUUCACAGCUUUCACAGUUCAUAAAGGAGUUGAGAAAGACAGUCUUUGCUAAUGAGAUGAAGGUGGUUUGUUUAGGCUCAAGGAAGAAUUUUUGCAUUAACCAAGAGGUAUUGAAACUUGGAAACUCAAGUCACAUCAAUGAACGCUGUUUGGAACUGCAGAAAAACAAGAAUAAGGAAAGCUUAGGUGCAAGAGGAAGGAUUCGCAGGAACAAGGCUUCUUGUGGUUGCCCAAUGCUAAGGAAACACAAAAAACAGAAAGAAUUCAAGAGCAUGAUGUCUCAGCUUGGUGCCUUGGAUAUUGAAGAUCUUGUUCAUCAGGGAAGGAACAUGGGGUGUUGUCCAUAUUAUGGCUCCCGAAGCAUGGUUCCUGCUGCUGAUCUGGUGGUUCUUCCAUAUCAAUCUCUUCUUUCAAAAGCAUCCCGUGAAUCACUUGGUCUGAAUCUAAAGAACAAUAUUAUUAUCAUUGAUGAGGCCCACAAUCUAGCUGACUCCUUAAUCAGCAUGUAUGACUCAAAAAUCACUUUGUCACAGUUGGAAGACGUGCAGUGCAAUAUUGAGAAGUACUUUGCAAGGUUUUGCAAUCUCUUGGGACCUGGAAAUCGUAGAUACAUUCAAACCCUAACAGUGCUCACCCGGGCUUUUCUUCGAAUUUUGCUAGAUGGGGACACCGGUUAUGAUGAUUCUUGCCAUGGUACUGUAACGUCUGCUGGAAAAAAUGACAUGCCUACUUCUUCUAUGGCCAUCAAUGAUUUUUUAUUUUCACUCAAUAUAGACAACAUCAACUUGGUCAAAUUGCUUGAAUAUAUAAAGGAAAGCAACAUCAUGCACAAGAUCAGUGGAUAUGGGGAUAAACUAGCCAGCUCUGAGAAAAGCUCCCCACUUGAUGACAGUGAGGAAAGAAGCACACUGUCCAGUUUCCAGGCAUUGGCUGAUCUCUUGCGAUCACUGACAAACAAAGAUGAUGAUGGGAGGAUCAUCAUUUCAAGGAUCAAACCAACAUGCUCUGGACAGCAUGGUGGAUACAUCAAAUAUGUUAUGCUCACAGGAGAGAAGAUAUUUUCUGAGAUUGUGGAACAAGCACAUGCUGUGCUACUGGCUGGAGGAACUCUGCAACCCAUAGAAGAAACGAGGGAGCGGCUUUUUCCUUGGUUACCACCAAACCAGUUGCAUUUCUUUUCAUGUAGCCAUAUUGUUCCUCCAGAGAGCAUUUUGCCAGUUGCAGUUGCUCGUGGCCCUUCUGGUCAGACUUUCGAUUUUAGCUACAGCUCCAGAAGGUCGUCAGUCAUGAUACAGGAGCUAGGGCGUUUGGUUUGCAAUUUGGUGACAGUGGUUCCUGAAGGAAUCGUUGUCUUCUUCUCUUCAUUUGAUUAUGAAGGAGAGGUCUACAAUGCAUGGGAAGCUUCAGGUAUCCUCGAUAGAAUUAAGAAGAAGAAGCGUCUAUUUAGAGAGCCUAGGAAGAAUACAUAUGUCGAAUCUGUUCUAAAGGAGUACAAGGAAACAAUUGAUACCUUGUCUUCUAGAGAAAGGAAAGAAAUUCCUUCUCAGAGUGGUGCCAUACUUCUUGCUGUUGUUGGUGGUAAGAUAUCUGAGGGGAUCAACUUAAGUGAUGGGAUGGGUCGGUGUGUAGUCAUGGUUGGACUGCCCUAUGCUAGCCCUUCUGAUGUUGAGCUGAUGGAGAGGGUUAAGCACAUUGAAGGAUUGGGAAACUCAGAUUCGAUUAAGAUGACCAAUUCCUUACAUGGUAAUGAAGUUUACAGUGGUGAAGCACAUGAAGGAUUUAAUAUCCUUCGAAGUUGCAGACACAGAGGAAAAGAAUAUUAUGAGAAUCUUUGCAUGAAAGCUGUAAAUCAGUCCAUUGGUAGAGCAAUCAGGCAUAUAGAUGAUUAUGCAGCAAUUCUACUUGUUGAUACACGUUACGUAGCUGAUUCCUCGACACGGAAUUUCAGCCAUCCAACUAGCAAGCUCCCACAGUGGAUAAAGGAUCGCUUCGUUGCUUCAGCUGAUUACGGUCAACUUCAUAGGUUGUUGCAUCAGUUUUUUAGUUAUAACAAAAAGAGAUGGUCUCAGCUGCUUCUUAAUGCUUACCUUUUGGCUUUGUCUCUACUGCAGCCUGGAAAGUUGAAGAAGCCUUGUUAUACCAUGAGCAGAGCAGAAAUGGUCCUAAAAGAAACAAUGCACAAAAGCAAGGAGUUCUAUGAGAAAACUAUUCAAAACCUCAAAAGCUUCAUCUGUGGAGGAUACAAGAAACUACCCAAAUCCCUUUCCUUGAAUCCUUGCAUUUGUGGGAGUGACCUGAAAUAUCACCCAACAGAUGAGUUCUACACUGAAUAUUAUGAUGAGUGGGAGUCUACUAUAGAUAAGGUGAAGAAGAGAGACAGUACAUCAAAAGAAACAAUCAAGGAUGAGGAUCCAUGUACUGAAAGCUUCAUCAUGUUCCCAAAGCAAAGUCCUAAGAAGAACAAACAAGAAGGGGGAUUGUUAAGAGACAAGAAGCCUAGUGGAAAGUCGACUCGUGAUCUUGGAAAGGGAAAAGAUCAGUCAUCAUUCCAAAGCAUGCAUGGUAAUACAGGGAGCAAUGUUUUGGCAAAAAGGAUGAAGGAGUUUGAAAUGGUGGAUACAGCUGAUGUGGAACAGGUGUUGGAUGUUGAAGAGGCACUUCACUACUACUCUCGCCUCAAAAGUCCGGUGUACCUUGACAUUGUUGACAAGUUUUUCUUGGAUAUGUACUCAGAUUUCUCAGUCCCACCAGCACCAUCGAUCGGCAUCAACAAUUCAAAGCAGAGACUUGGCUCCCGGAGAUUUGGCUCCCAGAGACAGGGGUCCCGGAGACUUGGCUCCAUUAGGUUGUAGUAUCUAUAUAUGCUAGUGAGUUUUUACUUGUGCAUAUAGAUCUGUUGAUCUUUCCAACACUUUGGUUUCUAUUCCAUUUGUGUGUUUGUUACUGCCUGGUUUGGUUUUGAUUUUCAGGCUUGCAAGAUUUUCUUCUUCUGCGACAAAGAAUUUUUUUUUUCUUGUUACACUAUAUAUCAAACAAUGUAGAUUGAGUAUCUUUACCUUUUACGAUG